GUAUAAAGGACCGCCGGGUACCGUUUAGCGGGUUUGGUCUUUUGUUUGUAUGCAAACAUAAACUUUGUUUUGUAUUGAAACAGAUAAAAGACCAAAAGAAAGCCUCGUUAGUAGUUUAAUGUGAAAUGUCAAAAACAAAAAUGAAAGCCGAGACGUCAUCAGAUUUGGAACAAAGUCUACUCAGCACAGAAAAACUAGAUCGUGCAUCUCCUGAUAUUUGGCCUGAACGCAAUUAUCCAGGAAUAGAGUAUUCUGUUAUUGAACCUACGAGGUCGCCCGAAGUACCAUCGUUACCCCAAUCCAUAAUUCCACAGGAAUUGGAUAAACAUGACUACACCCUCAUUGGACGUUAUUCCAAGUUGACAGCUCAGGAAUUAAUAGUUGAAGUUAAACAGCUACAAAACUUGGCAUACCAGCUCGGUCUUGAAGAAGCCAAAGAAAUGACAAGAGGAAAAUACCUAAAUAUACUUUCGUCUCAUAAAAGAAGAAAUUUAUAAAACAUUAGAAUUUUUGUUUUGACAAAGUGGAUAUACACUAAUCAUCCUUGGA